UUGUCUGCUGCCGCUGUUUGCCAACAUGAUGCAUGUUACGUACGGAUUAUUCGUGUUCUAUGAGUAAUAUUCUAUGGUAGUAAUACCAGGUGUCUUAAGGCUACAGAACUGCUGAACUAAAACUGUGAUAUUGUUUCGUGCCGGUGCUUGUGUUCUUUAUAAUGCUGCUGCUGCAAAGUAAAGCUGCUUGUAUUAGACCCUAACAGACAAACAUACACCAAAGCCAAAGGAAAGACUGAAGGAAGUGUUGUCUUAGUCCUCGAAGCUCUGAGCGAUGAUCUCUCAGAUCACCCCGAGUCUGUACCUGAGCGGAGUGGAGGCCGUGAAUCAGUCAGCGCUGGAGCACAGAGGCAUCACUUUGCUGGUGAACGCCUGCGCUGAAUACCCCUGUCCGGAGUAUCAGGGGGUGAAGUGCAUUUGGGUGCCGGUGGAGGACCGUCCUCACGCACCUCUGGAGCAGCACUUUGACAGCGUGGCUGAGCAGAUCCAGCAGAACCGCUCUGGAAGCUCGCUGGUGUUCUGCUCGGCCGGGAGAAGCAGGUCUCCGUCUCUUAUCAUGGCGUAUCUCAUGCGGUUUGAGGGACUCUCGCUGCUUCAGGCUCAUCAGCGGGUUCUGGCAGCGCGGCCCUUCAUCCGGCCAAACGCGGGCUUCUGGAGACAACUGCUUCAGUAUGAGAGGAAACUGACCCACAGCAACAGCAUCAGGAUGGUGGCCACCUCACAGGGCGUCCUACCUGAGGCCAUCCAGCUCACACAGGACUCGUCAUACUGCCUUGAUAUAUAAUUCAGGACAUCUUCAAAUGGAUAUAUUUAUAUUGUGUGUGUGUGUGUGUGUGUGUGUGUGUUGAUGAUGUUUAUAGGAAUCAGAUCAUAGCACUACCAUGUACCAUGUGUUUUUUUUAAUAACAUGUUUUUGAACAUGUUUAAUAGUAGGCUACUACUGUGAUAUUCCUUGAAGUACCAUCAAUUAUCAUAUUUAUACUGUAAUCAGUCUCUCUUUAUCUUCCAGUUGCACAGUAAAAUGAAUUUUAAAUCCCCAAUUUAAUGAUUGUAGCUCUGUAGUUUUAAUUAGGGUAAGUAAAACAUAUAAUUCAGUGUAAUACAAUGAUAAUUGAGUCUGUUGUAAGUAACAUAUUUGAUGUAUAGAUUUUAACACAUACAUAAAACAAAUAUGUAUGGUUAAUCAAAUAAAUCAAAAUGACACAAAAGUUGCGUCAGUCCAGUAAAAGUUCAUCUUGAAAUAUGUAUUUAACAAUAUAAAAUGUAUUAUUACAUUUAAGCUAAUGAAAAUCAUUAAAGAUUUCACAACCCAAAGAUGUGAACCACAACCUGAAUGUGGACAGAAUUAUUCUAAAAGUUAAAAAAUCACGAAAAUUAUAUUAAAAGUCCUCAAAUUAAAUGUAUGAACUAUCAAUCAGAGGGCAGAAGGUAUAUAGA